UUUUAUCGCGUCCGCCCCCCGCAGAAAAAAUCUCCCAAAAUUCCCCAACCCCUCCCCCACGACUUCGCAACCCUAGAAUCAAUCGCGACCUCCUCGCCGAGCUCCACCCGCCAGAUCUACCCGCCCCAGCAGCCAUGGCGGAGACCCUCGACAUGACCCUGGACGACAUCAUCAAGAACAACAAGAAGAGCAACCCGUCGUCCGGUGGGGGCGGUCGCCGCCGCGAGGGUCGCCGUGGAUCUGCCGCUGGCGGCAGCGGCGGGGCCGCUAGCGGCGCCGGAGGCGUCGGUCCGAAUAGGCGCGCCUUCAAGAGGUCGGGGAACAGGGCGGCUCCUUACCAGCCGCCGAAGGCUCCUGAAUCGGCGUGGCAGCACGACAUGUACUCGGAUGUACCAGCAGGACGGGGCGGUAGCGGGAGGGUCUCGGCUAUUGAGACCGGGACCAAGCUCUUCAUCACCAAUUUGGAGUUCGGCGUCUCCACCGAGGAUGUCAAGGAGCUUUUCUCCGAGCUGGGUGAUCUGAAGAGAUGCUCGAUUCACUAUGACCGAAGUGGGAGGUCUAAGGGAACAGCUGAAGUUAUAUUUGCAAGGCGUGGUGAUGCUGUUGCAGCAAUGAAGAAAUAUAACAAUGUGCAACUUGAUGGCAAGCCUAUGAAAAUAGAGAUUCUUGGGACCAACACUCCUACAGCUGCAGCUGCACUUCCAGCCAAUAAUGGAAGCUAUCCUAGGACUGCUGCUCAGAACGCACCCUGGGUUGCCUCAGCUGGUUUGCAGCAGAAUAGACCCCGCAUAAGGGGUGGGAGGGGUCGACGUGGUGGCGGCAGCGGUGGAGUUGGCGGUGGUGGAAGCAGCGGUUCUGGCGGUCGUCGUGGGAAAGAGCGUAGUAAGCCAAGGUCUGCUGAAGAACUUGAUGCUGAGUUGGAGAAAUACCAUGCUGAUGCAAUGCAGACCUAACUAGAUAUCUUCGCAAUGUUGAUAUUUCAACAUGAAAUUUGGAGGGUCCGUUUGUUCCUGCUAUUUGUGCUACUAUGUUCAAGGGACAACAAAACAUUUUGCUUGUCAGGCUCUUGGCUUGCUGAAUUGUAUGGGUUUUAUGUGUCUACAUAGAACUAGGGUUAAGUGAGUGCUGGUGAAACACUGUUAUGAAAUUACUUGGUUACCUUGUUUCUGUGCCUUUAUCUCUGGAGCGAAGGACUAAGGACCAUCUGAGUUGCUCAACGUGUGAAAGUAAUUGAAGAUGUUACCAUCCUUGUAUCAUAAGGCUGAUAUUCAGAUGUGCCAUGGCGACCAAGUUGUAUAUUUUUUCCGGGCGAUGGUCACGCAUUGGAUCUGUUCUGUUCUAGGGUUUAAGCUUCAGCCAUCUUUAGUAAGAGGUGGUUACUACUUUUUGUUGAUUUAUUUUGCCAUUGUUGAUUUGGACCGAGCAAUCUUCUCUGGCACAUUACUGAUUCACAUGCCAGCUGGAGGGAUCUUGUUCUUUUAAAAGUCGAUUCCUUCCUUUGCAUCAUCUUCCAUCUUCAGGUGGUACGCAAGUUGCCUGAUAUGGUUAUUUGUGGAUUAGCUAGUUGCAUUCGCUGCUUGAAGAAGCAUCAAGGUGCAAAUCCUGCUUCACAAUCUGUUACAUUAAGAUGUGUUUGUCAGUAUGCCGAUACGUAGGUUGCCACUCUUCUACUUAUUCUCUGUAGUAGUAGCUGUCUAUGUUGUUAGCAUAUGGGUUGGCCUUCCUGUUGAAAAUUCAACUAUGCAUCGUCUCACAUUUGGAUUCCAAAUUUGGAAGUUGGCUGAUCUAUUCAGUCAUUUCAACUGUGCUUGGAAGGUUCAUGUUGGGGGUUCUUCGGCAACAUAUUUCAACUGUGCAGUACAAUUCAGUUAUCACAAACUGAAGGGCAUGCUAAGCUGUGUUUACCAAAUGGAUCUGAAGCUUUUAGUGACCUAUUUGAACUAGUGGAAGUCAUCCUUGGUGUUGGGACACUACUUGGUGACUUGAGUCUGCUGACAUAGCAACAUAUCUGAACAAGUCAGCAUCAAUAGUAAUUGGUAGCAACCAUUCAUUGUGAAGGCAUGAAGUUAACUACCGAAGUUCCAUAGUUUCACUCCCAAGUAAUUAUUCUCAAUACAAUGGGGUAGAUGGUACAUAGUUUUAGUUGUUGGAUCUGUUCUGGUGUUUGUUGUUGAGGUUUGGAACUAUCAUAAAAACUUGCAUGCCGUCUUGGUUUUAAUGGUU